AUGUUCAGCACAAUCAGGCGUCUAAGCCUAUACAACCAUUCCAAGUUCCUUGAGCGCGAGUUCAAGAGGUUGGAGGAAAUCAAACGUGGGAACUUCGCUUCGCCUGCAGACUCCAUCAUGGCCUACCAGAACCAUUCCGACCGCCUGAAGACAGAGAACCAGGCGCCCUCUUGUGAGUUUGCGCUUGGUCGACUCCUGAACAAGCUGCGCAGAGAAAUUUUGGAGGUCCCGUUUAUACAAGAGGAGGUCAAGUAUUUGGGACGGCCCGUGGACUAUCGGCUGUUCAUCUACUACUGCAGGGCCUUGGUCGACGAGUCCCGCAAGCCCAGCAUCUCGGCUGCUGAGGCUUCCAACAUGGGAGACCACGGAGAAGCGAGGGGCCGAAGCCAUAGCAGUGGACGCCACAUCUCCUACCGCAGCUGGAGACGAAGCACCAAAGGACGUAGCCCCGACACGGGAGUAGGUGCUGUGUUGUGUGCACUGCCGGUGGCCUUGCAACUAAUAAGGUCAUGA